AACUUCCCAGGGACAUCCCUUUGUACUGAACUUGUUUAUACUGCUGAUUAGAAGGACCACCCUCUCUGACUGUCAGCCAGUAUCUCUUUCUUACCUCCUUCAGCAUCUUCCCCAGCUGCUAUCUGCCUUGCACUUAUCUGAGGAGUGAGGAUUCAUCCUAAACACAUAUCAGCCUCAGCUUCUGCCGUCUUCAUCCUCCCUCUUGUCAGCCAGGAGCAAGAAUGGAAGCUGCCAACAACGGGUAUCUUUGCCAAAUGGAUACAAACUGAUCAUCGGAUCUAUGAAUCUUCGGAGAAUGUAACUGCAGAACACAGAACUUGGCAGUUUCAGCAAUGGGAGCCAACAAUUCAAGUAAAACCCCUGUGUGUGAUGAAAAUGAAGAAGUCAAUUUUAAUCAUUUUGAAAUUCUGCGAGCAAUUGGAAAAGGCAGCUUUGGAAAGGUCUGCAUUGUUCAGAAAAAUGAUACAAAGAAGAUGUAUGCCAUGAAAUAUAUGAACAAACAGAAAUGUGUGGAACGCAACGAGGUUCGAAAUGUCUUUAAAGAACUGCAGAUCAUGCAAGGUCUGGAACAUCCAUUCCUAGUGAACCUAUGGUAUUCAUUUCAAGAUGAAGAGGAUAUGUUUAUGGUUGUGGACCUCCUACUUGGUGGGGACUUACGAUAUCAUCUACAGCAAAAUAUACGAUUUACUGAAGCCUCUGUAAAGCUUUACAUCUGCGAACUGGCUUUAGCCCUUGACUACCUUCAGAGCAAAAGUAUCAUUCACAGGGACAUCAAACCGGACAAUGUUUUACUUGACGAGCAAGGACAUGUACAUAUCACAGAUUUCAAUAUCGCUUCUUUGGUCAGUAAAGGAACAAUAAUAACCACGGUGGCUGGAACAAAGCCUUACAUGGCUCCAGAGAUGUUCUACCCCAGAGGACAAAUUUGCUAUUCUUUUGCUGUAGACUGGUGGUCAUUAGGUGUCACUGCCUAUGAACUUCUUCGUGGCAGAAGACCUUUUCAUAUUCAUUCAAGCACGGCUCCAACAGACAUUGUCCACGUGUUUCAUACAGCCACUGUGACAUAUCCCCCUGCCUGGUCUGAAGAAAUUGUUUCCUUACUACACAAACUGUUAGAUAGAAACCCAGAGGAUCGGUUUUCCAACCUAAAACAUAUCCAAGACUUCCCUUAUUUAUCAGAUGUAAACUGGGAUGCUGUGCUGCAGAAAAAGCUCUUGCCAGAAUUUAUACCAACGAAAGGCCGACUAAACUGUGAUCCAACAUUUGAACUUGAAGAAAUGAUACUGGAAUCGAAACCUCUUCACAAGAAAAAGAAGAGGCUGGCAAAGAGAGUCAAGGACACUGGGAAGUCUAACGCAACUCUGAAUGGCAAUUUGCAGAAACACUUGGACUCCGUGGAGAGAGACUUCAUUGUUUUUAAUAGAGAAAAGAGUAGACAGGAUCUUAAUGAUAACCGAGAAAGCCUGACUGUGGUCCAGACCAAAGAAGAGGAUGACGAUGGAAAGAACAAUAAUCUAUCACAGUUAUAAACGCCUCCUCCUACAUAUGCACUGAAUACGUGGCCAUUGCCAUUCAGCAUAGGCUCAGCCGUUGCUUGAGAUGAAUACAAAACACCUAAAUAUCUCUCUGGAGAUCCAGAGCCAGAUCGCUUGGUGUAAGGAGGAUGCUUAAAGUCAUAGUUGAUAUAGGUGUGUUCACCAGAGUCUUGAGAUACUAUGCGAGUGGGCAACCUGCUUAUAGGCAUUCUUUAGCAGAUGGGUAUACAGUUACAGAAUAGUUCAUUUGCCGCUACAUAUUAUUCUGCUGAGGCUUUUGGGUUCACAAAAGAUAGGUUUAAGAGCUAUCUUACAGUAAUUAAGUACUUUUUUAUAUGCUUAAAAAUAACUACAAUAUUUAAUAUUUAUAACCAUUUCAUUGUGUAGCAAUAGUUUUUUACGUCAAUAAGCUCUAAGCAUAGAUAGAAGAACUGAAGGGUCAUUUACAGCUGCACGUGCAGUGUGAAAACAGAAAUCAUCAUGUUUUUUA